AUGCCGUCCAUCCGCGCGCUCAAGCGGCUCGCCGACUCGCGCCCGCCGCCGGCGCCGGCGGCGGAGGAGGAGGAGAGCCCGCCGCAGCACUCCUUCUCCUCCUGCUCCUCCUCCUCGCCGCCGUGGCCCGCCCCGUCGCCGGCCUACCCGCUGCGGGACUUCCCCGGGAGGGAGGCCGCCGCGCUCUGCGGCGCGUUCCGGGACAACGUCCGCUGGCUGCUCACCCGGUGGGGCCCCGUCCCCGCCCCCGCCCCCGAUGCCGCCGCCGCCGCCCCGGCGCGGCGGGCCUUCCUCGCCGACGACCGCGCCCGCGCCGUCGUCCCCAUCGUCGCCGUCGAGGUGCUCGCCGCCUCCUCGCCCGCCCCGCUCUGCGAGCUCUGCCGCUGCGCCGGUUGGAGCCACCACUGGGUGUCAAAGCGGAGGUACCAUUUCAUCAUCCCAGCGGAUGCAAACUGGGACCAGCAUUUUGGGACAGAUGUGCUCCUUGGACGCGACGACCACCUGCUCCAUGGCCUCAUCCACAGCAAUGGCUUCGGUCACCUUGUCGCUCUCCGUGGUCGCGAAGGCGGAUCGACCUCCCUCUCUGGCCGUGACUUGAUGGAUAUCUGGGAUCGCCUUUGCUCUGCUCUCCGUGUUAGGGCCGUUUCUUUGGUGGAUCUCUCCAGGAAGCACUCUCUGGACCUCCGCCUCCUGCUCGGUGUGGUGAACGGUGAGACAUGGUUCACCCGCUGGGGAUAUUGCCUUGCCAGAGGCAGCUUCAACGUGUCCCCUGCCACAUAUGCUGCUGCUUUGGAAGCUCUGGCUUUCCUGCAUGUUGACCAUCUCCGCAGCCGACAUGUUCGUCGUGUGGUCACCGUCUACCGCCGCUUAUCCAACAAGCCGCUGACCAGUGUCCGUGAGUUCCUCCGUUGCCUACUUGACUGGAAGCACCAUGAACCACCCCUUUCACCGCCUCCUGCAAAGUCACUCCCCUGGUUGCCAUUCCUGCUGCCAAAGCCAUGUCCAAUGAAGAGGGAGGUGCAGCCGAGGCAGGGGCAGCAGUGCAAGCGCUUUGAGGAUGCGGUUGACCUCGCCCAUUGUCGGUUUUCCAAGAGCCGUCUUCUACAUGCUGCAGAGGUGGUUGUUGCCAAGCUGCUUGAGCAUGGAAAUGGUGCAGAGAUGACACGCCAGGCACUGCGAGAUGCUUCGAGGGGUGACAUCGGCGAUACUGGCCUCCUUGACUUCGUCAUCAAGUCUGUUGGUGACACCAUUGUUGGCAACCAUGUUGUGCGCCGACUGCCCAAUGCCACGACACGUAUUCUCCAGUUCAGCCUGGAGGAGUGUGAAGAGCCAGUGCAAAUGGAUGUUGAGGUAGAACACCCCAGUCCUGAAGCACGGUGGGCGGGGGGCUCAGUUGAUGUUGAGCGGGAUCUGCGUGCUGUCUACCGAGCAAUGGUGAAGGCGCUCAGUGAGGCAGCACAGGCUGUGCUGGACUGCAAGCACUGGGUGAAGUGCUGGGGCCUUGGGGACGAGUCUGAUGAUCAGCUAAGGUUCCUGGCCGAGUGGCAACCGCAACCUUGGGAAGCUGAUGAUCUUACACGGCCAAUGCCAGCGGGGGAGAUUGUUGUGGUGCCACUGCAUACAUCGAUAGGGGAGCUUCUCGUCGAGGCAGAGCAUGCGCUGAGGGACACAUACUGCUUCUUUGAGGAGUUCCAUGCUGAGAAGCUUGAUGGUAUUACUGGGGAGAAGUGGGAUCCAGUGGUGCUUGGUGGGGCAGAGUCUGGGGACACGAUCGGCGUCCAUGGCCAUGGGGCAGACAUGGAAACUGGGCUGCGGUGCGAGGGCGGGCUUGAUGCGUGGGAGGUGAGGUGUGUGUGUGGUGCUCAGGAUUACGACGGCGAGCGCAUGGUGGUGUGUGACAUGUGUGGUGUCUGGCACCACACCCGAUGUGUCGGCAUCGAGGACAGCGUGUCUGUUCCGCCAUUGUUCCUGUGCAUACUCUGCGGCGGCGAGCUCAUGGGCCCGAUUCUGAAGGACGCACUGGUAACGUAGUGACUAUUCUUCUUCUGCCUUCCAAGUUCCCUUGGGUCCACAAUGCUCCAUGAUGUUAGGCUGACGAGAUAAAACCAGUUCUGAAAUCUUUUUUCUGUAAAUUGGGUUGUUGUGGUAUAUGUUUAGUUUAACUCCGAAACUAUAUAUAGAAGUUAGCAGAGGAUAUGGGGAUCAGUAGACAGCAGUAGAUGGGGCGGAAGUCCCAUCCUAUCCAUGCCGGUUGCACAAUCCGGCUGGAAAUUUUGUAAUACCUGAUACAUCACAGAAGAUGGUAUAGCUAGCUAGAUGUAAAUACAUGUUCUGUGGUUGUAUCUUGUGCUGUCUCUGAAUCCUUCCAAGUGGUGAAUC